UUCUCCCCGCGAGACGAGCUGGUUUCGCUGGAGCGAGCCGCCUGAACUGCUUGUUUUAUAGCUGUUUCAGUAAGUUCAGCUGGUUGUGAGAAAAUGCGAACGGCGGAGGAAAGCAGCGAGUCCCGGUUCAGCUGGUCUCAGUAAGGAUCGGAAUCCUGUCUGAAGAGGAUUUUAAACCUUCUGAACUGCAACAUCACGCCUCGAAGCGGUGACAGACCGCGGGAAAAUGUCCUCACUUCCCGUGAAAGGCAGACUUGGCGCGACUCUGCAGCUGUAAACAUUAGGAGGACAAGAAAACAAAACCCAAGUACUACUGAGGAAACCUAGGAGAUACGUCAAAGAUGGAGAGCAGAGCUGUUCCUGGUUCGUCCACUGUCCUGGUCCCGGAUCCCAGUGAAGACUCUGUGGACAUCUAUGAAGACCUGGAUGUUGGAGCUGACAGCGGUGCAAAGGCUUCAUCCCCGGUUAACGCUCGGCUGAAAGAGUCCAUGGAUCUUUAUGAAGAUCUGGUGGCUGAGGAGCAGCAGAGCAGAGAGUCGUCCUACACUGAGCUGAAGUCCAGAUUUCAAGCAGCUCAACAUCAAAUUAAAGAGUUGCACCGCAGGCUGGAGCAGAUGGAGAUCCAGAACUCAGGGCUGAGCUCGGAGAACCAGCGCCUCAAGAAGAACAUCUCAGCACUUCUACGAACAGCGAGGCAGGAACUGACGAGGAAAGAUGCUGAGAUUCAAAGGCUCAACCAGAGGACUGAGAAAGGUCACCAUCAUCACAAGUUUCACUUCAAUAAUCUCCAGGAUCCAGUUUCGUCCAGUCGCACCUCUACAGUUGGUUCCAUCAGUAAGGUGCCGGUGCCGCCUCCACCACCAUCUGGUCUUCCUCCACCUCGACCAGCUUCACCCUCCAGGGACGAUCAUCCUCCACAGCAUCCACCUCAACCAUCCAGGAUAGAAAGUUUGACCAGGUCAUCAAACAUAUCUCUUCACAACCGUUCCAGAAGAGAUGCUGAAGUAGACGGCAGGCGGACGGAAUCAGACAAACACAAAGAGGAAAGACAUAAAAGUCGGCGUCUGUCUGAAUCCACAGAACCAAGACAUAGAGACGGUUUAGAUCCCAACAAGGACUCUCGUCUUCCUGAGAAAACUAGAUCUCAUAGAGCAGACAAAGACUCUGGACAAAGGUCGUGUCGACCCCGACCAGAAGGAGCUAAAACGUCCUCACCAGAGGCGUCGGACAACAAGAAAGGAGGCAGUCGGGGACGGAGACAAGAUAAAGGCAAAGUGACUUCUUCAGAUUAUGAGAACGCUCGAUGUCAGAGCCUGAAAGAAGCCUGUAGCCGAGGUUACGGAAAACCCAAGAACAGCCAUGCAGAUGACAGCUGUUCCCGCUCAAGGGACAGGAAAAAGCCUUCAAGUCAACACGCUGAGCGCUGCAGUGAGAAAGAGAGGCAAAAGGACAACCAGAGGAAAGGGGACAAAGGACCCCACGGGAACAGCAGCAGCAGGCACAGAAGGAGUCCGCCAGAGGUGGAAAGAGGCGAGAGACGGACACACAAAGGGAAAGUGGAAAAAUCACCUAAAGCUGCCAGAAGUUUGCCCGAAGGGGCAAAUCUGGAUGCAAACAGUCCAAACAGGAAAUUAUGCUUCAUGGAGACACUGAACCUAACAGUUUCACCAGUCAAAACGCCGGCGCUGCCUCGGGAAAACAGACCGGAUGAGGAGAGUUCCCACCCAGACUUCGAAGACCUGUGCAUCAUUGAUGAAGUAGACAACAGUGAACUGGAUGAUCCUGCAGAGCGGUCUCCACAAAACAAAGCCUCAAAAGAAGGGAGCCUUGUGAUAGCUGACAGCCAGAGAGAGGUCCAGGAAAAGGAGGAACACUUGAGCGAAACAGCCGACACUUCAGUCCAGGCUAACUCAGAAGGUAGCCAACCGCUGGAGGCUGAUGCUAACAUCACAGAACCUCCAGGAAGUCAUAAAGACCAACCCUCAUGGACGGUAAGGGAUGGUUUAGAGCCCAGCGAACUGAUGAGGUCCGAGCUUGCUCCGUCUGCCGCUGCUACACCUGCUGUGCCUGACUCGAAUCAAACUGCUCUACCUCAAAAAACCUCUCCAGAUUCAGUCAGAGAAAGUCUAGUUUCAUCAAACCCAAAGGAAGCUGCUGCUCAGGAUACAAAUGAAGACAUCCGACUCGAAAGUCAAGAAAUGCCUCCCGCCGUCCCACCCCCCAUCCAUCAACAAGAACUGUCUCCUCCUUCAUCAACCACUUUCCCUCCUGAUAAAGUUUGCUGUGAAGCAGGUGGUCCUGAAGACCUAGAAGCUGUAACUAGUACAAUCAGUCUGGAUUCACUUCCCCAAGAAGAGCUGAGUUUAACAGAAGCCAUUCAUGCUUUAACUUGUAGUGGUUCAGAUGCCAGCGGCACCACAGCUGAGCCCAGCUCCUCCACCGGCUGCAUCGGAGUGUCUAAAGUCAGCAGCACCACAGAGGAGAAGAAAACCGUCCGCACCAUCAUCCCGAAGAAGAGCUGCAGCCCCGGAAAGAGUCAGGCAAGCAGCGCUGAGCCGUCCAGUUCGCUGCCGCUACUGCACGACGAGGACUCCAUGAUGCGCACACUGAGCAACCUGAAGAGAAUCCCCGACGCCAUCAGCCCGCUGAGGAGCCCGGUACGACUAACCAAGAGAAGCCUUCUCCAUGUCAACAGCAAGCCUGGACACGUCAAGAGUCUCCAGAAAGAGUUCACUUGUUCUGCUGUUGACGCAAGCUCAAAGAAGUUGGAUGUAAACAAGGAGAACAAGUAUCCAGGUCGUCCUGCAAACCACGACACACAGAACCUGAUGGAGAAGGGCUCAGAUCUGCCGUCAAACCUCUCUGACACGGAUCUGGAGGAAGGGGAAAUUUUAAGUGAAAGUGAUGAAGCAGCUUUGACUCCCCCUGCUCCCGUACCCAAGAGGGCGAAGCUAGCACAGCCAGCCACAAACCAUCCAAGUCCUACUUUUGUCUUAAGGAGAAAACCCGAAGAGAGGCACACCGCUUCGAAAGAGACGGCCGGCGUGUCAACACAAAGCCCCAGGAGUCGUUUUAAAACCGUUUGCCCCUCAGCUAGCAAAGUUUCUUUUUCCACAGUGGAGGAAAUAAUGGAGAUGUUCAGGUUGGUUCGCAGCGAGAUCCGGAAAAAAUACAUGAAGUUACAUAAAACCUUUCCAAAGAAGAGCUUCUACGGGGUGAUGGACAAUUUUCACAAGUCUUUUUUAGAGUUUGUGGAUGGUGCUCACUUUGACCAAAUAUGCAGUAAGACAGACGAGCUCAAGUCCAAGCUUAAGAAGCUGAUUUCAUCUGUUUUUAACAAAGUAUUAAACAAUGGCAUCGUCAAGCGCAUCUUUGAGCAGCAGGCAGUGGAUCUGAAGCAGAAGCUGUGGGACUUUGUAGACAUCCAAGUCGACUACUUGUUCAAGGACAUUCACGCCACAUUGAAGAGCCUCUGUAGACCAGCUAGAGAUCAGGCCGAAGACAAAACGCCCCCCAGAAACCAAAAGGAGCCCCAGCAGGUCCCUGCAAAGAAGCCACAGCGUAAACAGGAGCUAAAUUCCAGCCGGAAUCGGCCCAAGUCCUGUGCUGUGGUUCCUUACAGGACGGGCCUCGGCAGCCGAGGCAAAGACAUCAGGAUCACGCUUGCUGAUUCCCCUCCACCAAGCCACCAAAAACCACAAACCACAGAGGAAUUACUUCCUCAGAAAACCGUUCCCCCAACACCUGAAAAGAAUAAGAUCUCUUCUCUGGUGGUUUCUCAGAACGGCGCCGUGCUGGAUAAAACCGACUUUGAGCUUCUCACGGAGCAGCAGGCCUCCAGCUUAACCUUCAACCUGGUCAGAGACUCUCAGAUGGGAGAAAUAUUUAAGUGUCUGCUGCAGGGAUCGGACUUGUUGGAGAGCAGCGGCAUAGCCGGAGACAGCACCGCGUGGUCUCUCGGUACUCCGAGAAAAGAUGGAGAAAGGUUCAUCAGCAUCACCACGCCUUCCAAAUUUGACACCCCAUCCAAACUGCUCUCCCCAACCAAGUUUGAUACACCCUCUAAACUCAUCGCGACAUGGUCGAGCAUUUCACCUCGCAAGAUGCUGUCCCCACGGCCGAGGGACCAGAUCCUGCUGAACCCAGCGUUUUUUGAUGAAAGCUGCCUCUUAGAGGUCCCAUCGGAGAACAGAGCGCAGCUUCAGGCCGGCUUGACCUCACAGAAGUCCUAUUCCAUCCUAGCAGAAGAUCUGGCGGUGUCCCUCACCAUCCCCUCGCCGCUGAAGUCCGACAGCCACCUCAGCUUCCUGCAGCCGUCCAACGCCAGCAUGCACAUCGUGUCCACUCCGGACAGCGUCAUCAGCGCGCAUAUAAGCGAGGACGCCCUGCUGGAUGGGGAAGAUGCCACCGAGCAGGAGUUUCACCUGGCCCUGGAUACCGACAACUCCAGCUGUGGCUCCAGCAGCAGUGUGGCCUCGGGAACACCACACGCCUCCUUUCUGUUCAAACCCGAUGUGCCCAUGCAGGCGCUGGUGAUGGAGAAGUCCAACGAUCACUUCAUUGUGAAGAUUCGACAGGCAAGCACAAGCUUAGAUAUCACGUUGACGGCAGAAGACAGUUUGAAUCAGACGUUAACUGAAAGCGAAGGCGUUGCGGCUCAGGACAGCCGAGCUGGGACUCAGACAGAUAGCAGAGAAGAUGAUCUCUCUGGGCUCUGUCAGACCAGAUUGCAAACCCUUCUCACUUCACAUAACAACCAAGAUCUUUCUUCUCACCAGGAUGCGUCAGCUGAUUGCUUUUCUCAGAAGGACCUCCAUGAAUCUGCUCCUUCAGAUGACGUUAGCAACGGCUCUCCAGAUUCUGCUUAUUAUAAGCUCACCGCUGGUGACACAGCAGGUCAGACACAUGAAGAAGACACAAGUCCCUCCAAAACUGCUGUCUGUCUGCCCGAAAGGAGCACUCAGCAGGGCAGAGCAUCACAGAAACCCUCCUCUGAAUCAGAGAGAGAUGAGGUGGGCAUGUCUGAAUCAGAGAGAAGUCUGGUCAUCGCGGAGGACACCGGAAGCUCACCGGAGAAAGCUCAGAAGGAUCGCGACAAAGGCCGGAAACGGAAGAAGUGCCAAGAGAAGCUGAAAACCAAGAAGUCCAGAAAGGAGCAAGAGGACAGUCCGAGGAAAAGAUCGCCUUCCAAGAAAGAUCAGGAGUCCGGAUCCUCCCCUGCAGCCCUGUCUCCGAGCAGUCUGUCUGCCAAGAACGUGGUCAGGAAGAAGGGGGAGGUGGUGGUGGCUUGGACCAGAGAUGAAGAUCGUGCAAUCCUGCUACAGCUGAAGACCAUGGGGGCUUCGCGAGAGACUUUCUCUGCUCUGUCAGAACAACUGGACAAGCCAUCGAGCCAGAUUGCACACAGAUUUUACCAGCUCAUGAAGCUUUUUAAGGAGCAGGAGAAGAUGGACACCUGAUCAGACUUUCCUUGAUGUCAUGUGGUGUGCUGGAGAGGCGUUGCUCGGCUCGGCUCGGCUCGGCUCGGCUCGGCCAUCCACAUCUGGAGCGGAGCAGCUGUGAGGACUGUGUCAGAGACAUAGUGUUUUUGUUUUUAGUGCUGGAGGUGGUUCCAACGCUGGGUCUGGAUGCUCCACGUCUGUCAGAGAAAGCUUGAUCCAGGCUGGAUGUUAAGUUUGGGAAAGACUAGAACAACAGGUCUGGAUCAGUUUUUCCUCCAUCUAGACUUGGUCCCGCUACUCUCUGUGAAUCCGAGGGGAGGGACCCGUUGACCUCCUACUGCUGAAUCCCUGAAGUAAAGGAGGGCUUUGGCUCCUGAUAACUUGUCAUCGUUUUUCUUUCCAGAAAUGGUUUGAUUUGUUUUAAGAUGAUUUGAAAUGUUUAUUUCUGUAAAACCAACCUUUUAUCUCUCGGCCCAACAUCUUUUUCUUUCCAUCGCGCUGUCUAUAAAUAGCACAGCAAUAUUCUUAAUAUUGUACAAAAUUCUUUAUGGAAAAUAAAGUUUUAUUUAUUUUC